GUCAUAGAAAAUUUUGAAUUCAUCCAAAAACUCGCUUUCGAUUCUCAAUCCAAUUGCGACGCGCGCGCUAAUAUUAUUCGAUUGAAGGCAUUGAAGAAUGCGGAUACAAUGAUCAACAAAAAAUUGCAACAAAAUGCCACCCGAAAAAAUGUGUCUGAAUCUCGUUCUAUGAUUUUUUGGGGGUGGCGCGUUUUGUUUCCGUUGCUGAUAAGCUACCUUUGCAAUUCACCAUUUCCUAUUUUCAGCUAUAGAACAGAUUCAGCUAAUUUGAUAUCCAGAUUCAUUGCUUUGUUUCAGGGUAAUUAUUGUUGAUAUUCAAGGAUGGCUGUUUCAAUGAAAGAUUUGGAUCCAGCUUUCAAAGGAGCUGGACAGAAGGAUGGACUUGAAAUUUGGCGUAUUGAGAAUUUUAAUCCAGUUCCCAUCCCUGAGUCUUCUCAUGGGAAGUUUUACACUGGUGACUCAUAUGUGAUCUUAAAGACAACUGCUUCAAAAAGUGGUGCUCUACGCCAUGAUAUCCAUUUCUGGCUUGGAAAAGACACCAGUCAGGAUGAAGCUGGUACUGCAGCUAUAAAAACAGUUGAGUUGGAUGCAACUCUAGGAGGACGUGCUGUUCAGUAUCGUGAGGUGCAAGGUCACGAAACUGAAAAGUUCCUGUCUUAUUUCAAACCAUGCAUUAUACCACAAGAAGGUGGAAUUGCCUCUGGUUUCAACCAUGCUGAGGCUGAAGAAUAUAAGACACGGUUGUUUGAGGUCAAAGGAAAACAUGUUGUACACGUUAGAGAGGUUCCUUUUGCUCGAUCUUCUCUCAACCAUGAUGAUGUUUUUAUUCUGGAUACCGAGUCCAAAAUCUUCCAAUUUAAUGGUUCCACUUCAUCUAUUCAAGAAAGGGCUAAAGCAUUGGAAGUUGUGCAGUAUAUUAAGGAUACUUACCAUGAUGGCAAAUGUGACAUAGCUGCUAUUGAGGAUGGAAAGUUGAUGGCUGAUGCUGAAAGUGGAGAAUUCUGGGCUUUAUUUGGAGGCUUUGCUCCUCUUCCCCGAAAAGGCGCUAGUGAUGAUGCUAAACAUGGUUCUCAUCCUCUAAAGCUGCUUCGUGUUGAAAAAGGGAAGGCAGAACCAAUUGAAGCUGAUUCUUUGACAAGGGAGUUACUUGAAACAAAAAAAUGCUAUAUUCUAGAUUGUGGGUUGGAAGUGUUUAUAUGGAUGGGAAGAAACACUUCUCUUGAUGCAAGAAAAAGCGCAGGUGUAUCUGCAGAAGAGUUACUCAAUAGCACCGACCGACCGAAAUCCCAGAUAAUUCGUAUAAUUGAAGGAUUUGAAACAGUGAUGUUCAAGUCCAAGUUUGAUUCUUGGCCUGAGACAACUAAUGUGCAAAAUUCCGAAGAUGGACGCGGCAAGGUGGCAGCACUUCUAAAACGUCAAGGAGUGGAUGUAAAGGGUCUAUUGAAAGCUGAGCCAGUAAAAGAAGAACCUAAACCGCACAUUGAUUGCACAGGACAUUUGCAGGUUUGGCGCGUAAACGAUCAGGAAAAAAUUUCCCUACCAGACUCUGAACUUUCAAAGUUUUAUAGUGGAGAUUGCUAUAUAUUUCAGUAUACAUAUAACGGAGAUGAUAGGGAAGAGUGUCUCAUAGGAGCAUGGAUGGGAAAUAAUAGUGUUGAGGGAGAUAGAACUACAGCUCUUUCAAUGGGCUGCAAAAUGGUUGAGUCAAUGAAGUUUAUCCCUUCCAUGGCACGUAUCUAUGAGGGCAGUGAACCAAUUCAAUUUCAUGCUAUCAUGCAAACUUUCAUCGUUUUUAAGGGUGGACUUAGUGAUGGAUACAAGAAUCACAUUGCAGAAAAGGGAAUUCCAGAUGAGACAUACAAAGAGGCUGGUGUUGCAUUAUUCCGCAUCCAGGGCUCUGAUCCAGAAAAUAUGCAAGCUAUACAAGUUGAACCAGUUGCUUCCUCCUUGAAUUCCUCCCAUUGCUACAUACUUCAUAGCGAAACCGCCCUCUUUAGUUGGUCUGGAAGUUUAACAACAUCAGAAGACCAUGAACUUGUUGAGAGAAUGCUGGAUUUCAUAAAGCCAGAGUUACAACCCAAAUCACAUAAGGAAGGUAUAGAAUCUGAACAGUUUUGGGAAUUAUUAGGAGGAAAAACAGAAUAUCCAAGUCAAAAGAUUGUGAGGGGCAAGGAGCAUGACCCUCACCUAUUUUCUUGUCACUUCUCAAAAGGUAAUUUGCAGGUGAAAGAGAUAUACAAUUUUUCCCAGGAUGAUCUGAUGACAGAAGAUAUAUUCAUCUUGGAUUGUUACUCUGAAAUCUUUGUCUGGGUUGGCCAGGGAGUUGACCCCAAGAGCAGAAUGCAGUCUCUAACCAUUGGCGAGAAAUUUAUUGAGCAUGAUUUUCUUCUAGAAAAAUUAUCUCGGACCACUCCAAUGUUUAUUGUAAUGGAAGGUAGCGAGCCACCGUUCUUCACUUGUUUCUUCAAAUGGGAGGCUGCAAAAGCUGCAAUGCUUGGAAAUUCAUUUCAAAGGAAGCUUACAAUCUUGAGAAAUGGGGGUACUCCACCAGUGGUUAAACCAAAACGAAGACCAUCUUUACAAUAUGGUGAUAAGUGCCAGCGUUCCUCGCGCAGCAUGUCUGUUAGUCCUACUCCUGAACGUGUUCGUGUCAGGGGCCGGUCGCCAGCAUUUAAUGCCAUAGCAUCCACUUUUGAGAAGCCUAAAGAUAGGAACCUUUCAACCCCACCUCCAAUUGUGAGAAAAGUGUAUCCAAAAUCAGGGACAGCAAACUUGAAUACUCUUUCUCUUGGUCUUGGAUCUAAGUCUUCAGCCAUAGCUCGGCUUACUUCUAGUUUUGAAAUGCCUUCAGCACGGGGAAAGUUGAUACCUCAGUCGCUUAGAGUGACUUCCAAUACGCUCAAAUCAAACCCAGAAAGAAGUGAUAGUGAGGAUUCUAUGAGCAGCAGAUUAGAAUCUCUUACAGAGGAAGAUGCAAAAGAAGGUGAAGCUGACGAUGAUGAAGGACUCCCAGUUUAUCCGUAUGAUAGCGUUAACACAGCUUCUACCAAUCCAGUACCAGACAUUGAUGUGACUAAACGAGAGGCUUAUCUGUCAGCAACAGAGUUCAAAGAAAAACUUGGCAUGACGAAGACUGAAUUUUACAAGUUGCCGAAAUGGAAACAAAACAAACUCAAAGUGACCGUUCAAUUGUUCUGAGGUUUACAUUAUACUUUGCCUCGUGUUGAUUCAAUGCAGUUCAAGUUGCAGGUAGAAGGAAACUUUGCCUGUCACUGUCUACAUAUUUUUUAACUUCCACAUUGUUGUCUUUGCUCUUUUUCUUAUACACCUCAGAUAUGCUAUCUAUUCUGUAGUGAUAAACUGGCAUGGAUUGAAAGGGACAGCAUCAGUGUUUUUUAACAUAGCUGCUUCUGCUCCUCCCAAGAUGGAUUUCAUGAUGUAGAGAGAAACUGGAGAUUUUCCACCAUUCUCCACCUUUAUUUGUAGUGGUUUGAUGAUGUGCAGAGUUUUUUUCUUUGUUGAGAACUGCUUGAGGUUGCCUUUAUUGAGUUUUCUCCAAUCAUUCUUUCAUUCAUUAUUAAUUUUGGCGAAGCAAUUUUGAGCUUGCAAUAUGAUAAUAUCUUAGGUUGUAUUGAUAAUUGAGGAUAAAAUUUGUACAGCAGAGUGUAUAAACCACUCAAAGUUAAUUAUUUUGCAAAUAAAAGUAUCAUUUUUUUCUCUUC